AUGACAGGUUGUGCAAUCGUUGUUGGGGCAAGCAAAGGCAUAGGUAAAUCUCUGGUAAUUUCAUUAGCCUCCUCUUACCCAUCGCUUCCUAUUAUUGCAAUUGCCCGUGGUAUAAGCUCUCAAGAAUCUGAAUUUUCAUCUAUUUCAUCAAACAUUAAAUUAGUAGAUGCUGAUAUAAGCACCCAAGAAGGCCUCUCAGCCAUACUUGACUGCAUUGAGCACAAAGUCCAGUUUUUAAUCUUGAAUGCUGCAAUUGAAGGCUUAACAUGGGAUGAAAUGCCAGGAUGGGAUGAAUGGGAUAAAGUUAUGAACACCAACGCAGGCUCACACUUUUUUUUAGCAAGGGAUUUGAGAUCUAAAUACACAGAGGAUGCUAGAAUUUUAUUUAUAUCAAGCAGAGACUCUAAAAGCUAUUUGAUACCGCUGUCAUUUUAUUGCAUUUCUAAAGCAGCCCAAAAUAUGGUUUAUGAAGUAAUUAAAGCAGAGAUUCCUGAAGUUUCUGUUGGAUGGAUGGAUCCUGGAGUAGUUGAGACAGCUCUAAGUGAAUAUGCAGGGCAAAAGGUGCCUGAAGCAAAAAGUCUUGAAAAAUUAAGUCCCCUGAUGGUCGCCAAAUUUUUGAGGUUUUUGCUGACUCCCCCCCUUUAAAUUGAAACAAAAUAUAGGUAAAAUUCCUACUUUUUUUGGGAAAUUACCCCCCUUUAAAUUGAAACAAGAUUUUAUUAUAAUAGAAAAUUUUAUAGGUAAAAAUCAUUAUUUUAUAUGUAAAUACGUUAAUACCCUAUUUAAUAUACUUCAAACAUAUAAGAUUUAGAAAUUAAACUCUAUUUUGUCCAAUUGUUAUGGGGAGAGUUAGAAGAAUACCAUUUCAGCAAGUUUACACUUUGAGAUUGAGAAAUUUAUGAAUUAAUUUUUCAUGAAAUUCUUUAAUUUAUAUAAUUUAUUUUCUAUAAAAUUUUAUCUCUGAAAAACUGUUUAUAUAUAAAUUUUUUUUUAUAAAAAAUUUUCUUAACCCCCCUUUAAAUUGAAACAAAAUUUUUUGUUUCAAUUUAAAGGGGGGGGGAGUGAGCGAUAAAGUAGGACCAAUUGAAUUUUCUUCUGAAAUGUGGAAUAUUUAUGAAGAGAAGCAUCACACUAGGUGGGUGGAAAAAGGCGAUAUAGCUCCUAAAAAUCCUGAUUAA